GCUACGUCUGCCUUUGGCUCGCGCUUUUUGCCAUCGCUUACCGUACGACUGGUGCAGUAGUUGCGAAACAUAUCCGUUUUACCUCAACUACCAGCUGCAACGCGCAAAAGAACGCGUGGCAGCUCGCAGCUCUCAAAAAAGCCAGCACACAUUCACCGCUCUCACAAGCCAUGGCGGCGCUUUACGACAUCAACGACGACAGCACACGCUUCUCGGAAGACGCACUCGUGCAGCGCUUCGAAGCGAUCUACGGCGUCGGCCCGAAGCCGAGAAUAGCCGCCGCGCCGGGCCGCGCGAACGUUAUUGGGGAGCACGUCGACUAUCAAGGCGGCGUGGCGCUGCCCUUCGCGCUGACGCAGCGCGUGCGCGUCGUGUUUCGUCGUAGAGAUGAUGAUAGAUUGAACGUCGUGAGCGACGACGCUCCCGUUAAUGAGGACACCGGGUAUCUAUUUCUGAAAGUGCUCCACAAAGCUAGGCAAGAAGACCCGAAAGUUUCGGCAGAAAUAGACCCGCGCUUUUUGCGCUAUAUUGCCGGGCCCUUCGUCUACUUUUCCUCACCAGAGGACGUGCGAGGCGCGGACAUACUGGUCGCGAGCGACGUACCUCUGGGAGCGGGGUGCUCGUCGUCCUCGGCGUUAGUCGUCGCAUCAGCACUCGCGGCGAGGGCGUGCAACCCAUCCUAUGAAUUACGGAAGAGAAAAGACGGGAGGGACGCCUUUUUUCGGAGCAUCGUCGAGUGCGAAUGGGAAUUUUCUGGAGUGAAAGGAGGCUGCAUGGACCACCUGGCCAUCGUCUACGGGAGACCGGGGUGCGUCGUGUCGCUGGAUUGUCGGGACGAGAAGGUUGAUGCUCACAUUUCCACCGAUGCGACGUUCGUACUCCUAGAUACGCGAGUGAAGCACGACCUCGAGAACUCGCCAUAUACCGAUCGAAGGCUGGCUUGUGAACGGUGCGCCAAGGAAUUGCAAGUUGCUUCGUUGAGGGAGGUCGCUGAUGAAGGAGUAACAAAAGGUCUCGCAAUGAUCGACAAGAUCGAAAAAGAAGUGGGCCAAGCAACGGCGAACCGCGGGAGGCAUGUGGUGGAGGAGAUCUGUCGCGUGAGACGGUGUGCUACAUUACUACGAAGAGGCUCGUGGCGCGACGUCGGGCUGAUCCUGUACGAAGCCCAUCAGUCGUUGCGGGACCUCUUCGAGGCGUCCUGUGAUGAAUUGGACGCGGCCGUCGACGCCUCGAGAAGCGUCGAGGGUAUCUUGGGUUGUAGGAUGGUGGGCGGGGGAUUUGGCGGGGCCGCUCUCGCGGUCUGCGCGCCCGGCACGGAUGUCGAUCGGGUCGUGGAGGACUGGCGCGACUUGUAUCACGUCGAUGGGAGACAUGAGCCGCGUCUGUUGGUCGUGGAGCCGGGCGCGGGCGCGGCGCUCGACGGGGCGCCGUGCGUCUCGAUCAAGGAGCUCUGGGCGACGUCCGGGGAAGUUGAGGAGGCGGCGGCGCCUUCAUCAGAUAGAGAGCCGUCGGAUUUCCUAAGGAGCCUCGCGGCGCGGCCCAUCGCAAAAACGGCGUCCGACGCCGCGGCGAUGGCGGCGUACGAGGCAUACGUCGACGCGCAGCUGGCGAAGGCGGACUCGUAGUUUUAAUGUGACCU